ACUACUGAAGCCAGAAGUCCAAGAGGAAGGUGUCAGCAGGGCUGGUUCUCUCUGAGGCCUGUGAGAAAAACCCACUCCUUGCCUCUCCCCCAGGUCUGUUGGCCAUCUUUGGCAGUCCCUGGCUUUACUGGGGUCCAUCCCUGCAGAGAACCAACCACUUCCUGUCAGUCACAGCCCAUUAAGAACAUGAGUCAGUGUGAAAUGUUAUUUGGCCAUAAAAAGGAGCAAAGUCCUUUUGCAUGCUACAAAAUGCACGGACCUUGAAAAACAUUACAGUGAGUAAAAGAUGCCAGUUCCAGAAAACCGUUAUUAUAGGAUUCCAUUUAUAUGAAAUAUCCAGAAUAGAUAAAUCAACAGAAGUAAAUUAGUGAUUGUCAAAGGUUGGGGGGGGCGGUGUGGAUGGCAGAACUGAGUGUGGGGGUAAAAGCUAAAAGCAGAGACUCUGGAAUCUGGUGGCCCCUCCCUAGUGAAGAUGUAGAUUAAAAGAACCCUUAAACAUCAUAUAGGACUUAAGAAAAAGCCCAUUUUGCUAUUCAGGGCGAGCUUGGGCUGGCUCGUGGGGCAGACAGAUCUGGCUCUAGGAGGACUGGAGAAGAAACCUUCAUCUUCCUGCCCGGUGAAAUCCAUGCAUCUCCUCUAAGUCUUCAGAGGGCAUCCUGGCUGAGUAUUUUUGCUGAUGACAUCAGAAGAAAGACAAUUAUAACUUUGCCAAGGACUUUUGGGUGUGGUGGCAACUUUGGGAACUGAGCUGGAUGUCUUCAAUGCCCUCAGGAACCUCCUUUCCCCAGGCUUCCCCAAGAUCUGCUUCAUUUCUUGCUUUGGUUGGUGAGAGAAGGGAGCCAGGACAUUCGAGUCUUCCUACAACACUAGGAGGUCUGCUCCCGUUAUUUCUUGGGUCCUCCAGUCCUGGCUGCCCACUAUGUGGCUGGGAAGAAAACCAAGACUGAGUCGUAUGGGAGAGUGAGCAGUGAGUUGGAAGUCUGGGCUGGUUCACCAGCAUGAGAUCGAGGAAGAGCCGAUCCCACAUUAGAGCACGUGGGAAUGAAAUGAGCUUGCACGCACACAAAGCGAGACUGAUCAUGGAUGGUGGACUUGGAUAACUUGACACAGGUUCAGUGAUAUGUCCUGAGCUGUCAUCAGUGCUCAGUUGUCGAGGUGGCCCUGUGGCUGCAGAAAGAAAUAGAUUUGUCUGUACCCUCAAAAGGACACACAGACAUAGCCACAUGCAACAUCACACAUGUUUAAUAAGAGAUUUGCUUCGAUAAGCUCACACAGAAGGGAGUGGUCGGCUGUGUCGGGUCAACCAGAAGUAGGAGCCAAAGGCAAGAAAGAACUGGCCAGACAGAGAGAGGGAUUAGCAUGUGCAGAGACCCUGCUGUUGGAAACAGCCUGGGGUAUCUAUGAAAAAAAUAUUGGAAACUUCUGUGUAGCUGGAGUAAAACUAGGAGACCCUCUGGGACCUGUGUUGUGCACUUACACAGUGGCAGGGAAACGGUGCCUCACCCUGGCAUUUUUCUUGGCACAAAGGAGGCAAGGAGGCCACUGGAGGGGAGACCCCAUGGCCAGGGGGAACAAGAGGGCACUUAGGCCAGGACAGAGGCAGAGGGACAGGAUGGGGCGGGGCUGAGAGCUCACACUGCAGCCUUUACUUGCUCCUCCUCCCUUCUCGACCUGACCUGACCUGGGGCCUCGCCUUUGGGCAGGGAAAGGAAAAAUCUUUGCAUUGAAAGUCCAGUAGGUGGAAGGUUGGGGCUGGGACACCUUGGUCAGUCACGGUGUCUGCAGACAUGACAGGGUCUGGUGGGGACCUCAGGACCUGGAGGAGCCUGGUGCUGCUGGUGAGUGCUCUGUUAGGUCUCAAGGAGGGACAGGGGUGGGUGGGGUGGGGGGCGGAGGCCACUCCCGGGUCUGAACUGGGGGAAGUGGGGUCUCCGAACUCAGACCCUCCUUCCCCAUUCUCAGCCCCCAACCCUGUCAAGAACCUGAGUGUAGAGGCUCAGACCACUAGCUCAGUCACCCUGUGCUGGGAUGUCCUUGAGGGCCUGAAUGUGCAGAACUACACCUGCUGGGUCCGGUGGAAUGGGCAGGAUGAUAAAAGUGGGACCCAAAACACGACAGACACCUGUUUUAUGGCAGAUGGACUUGACUCUGGGUCUUCGUAUGACUUUUCCAUGUGGGUCGAGGAACGUGGAGUCAACAGUUCUGAAGUGCCCCUCAAUGCUGCCACAGCUCCCAACCCUAUUAGAAAACUGAGGGCGGAAGUGUUGACCAACAGCUCCAUCACCCUACACUGGGAGGUUCCUGAUGGCCCGAACCCUCACAACUAUACCUACUGGGUCCAGUGGACAGGAGACGGUGACAAAACUGAGACCCAAAACACGACGAUUACCAGUUACGCAGUGGAAGGACUUAAAUCAGUGUCCUCGUAUGAGUUUUCUGUGUGGGCGAAGAAGGAUGGAAUACCUGGCUCCAGGGAGACCCUCGAGAGUUUCAUAGCCCCCAACCCCAUCAGGAACCUGAGUGUGGAGGCUGAGACCACCAGCUCUAUCACCCUGCACUGGGAGGCCCCCAAGGGCCCCGACCUCCAGAACUGCACCUACUGGGUCCAGUGGACAGGAGAUGGUAACAAAACUGAGACCCAAAACACAACAAAUACCAGUGUCACCGUGGAGGGCCUUGAACACGGGACCUUGUACAAAUGCUCUGUGUGGGCAGAAGAGAAUAGAGUAUUUGGCUCCAGGCAGAACCUCAGCAUCUCCACAGUCCCCAAGGCAGUGACAAGUCUCAGAAUACAGCACCAGACCAACAGCUCUAUCACCUUGAGCUGGACAACUCCCCUGGGCCCAAGUCGCCCUCCCUACACCUACUGGAUCUCAUGGGUUGACCAGGGCAGUACUACCACUGGUACCCUCAACACUCUGGAUACUGGCAUCACGCUAAGGGAACUGGAGGCGGGAAGCCAGUACACCUUCACCAUCCAGGCAGAGAGGAACAGGGCUAGCAGUGACAACGGGACCCUCACUGGGGCCACUGCUCCCAGUGAGGUCACAAAUCUGCAGAAGGAAACUCAGACCAACAACUCAAUCACCCUGCGGUGGGAGGCCCCUGCAGACCCCUACUCUCACUUGUACGUGUACUGGGUCCAGUGGGCCAGUGGGGGACAACCCCAGAAGAAGCAGGCAUCCCAAAGAUAUCAGACCUCCCAGACAGGCACGACCAGUGAGACUUUUUAUGUGGCAGAGGUCCUGGGACCUGGGACUCUGUACAACUUCAGUGUGUGGGCAGAGAGGAAGGAUGUGGCCAGUUCCAUGCAGAGCCUCCAGGCAUCCACAGACCCGGACUCGGUCACCAUCAUCUCCUGCAUCAGCACCCCUGGGGGCUACGGGGUCAUCCUGACCUGGUCCUGCCCUAAGUGGGGCUACGAAGCCUUCGAGCUGCAGGUGGGCAGGCAGCGGGGCUCCUGGGAUGGACUUUCUUGCGGGACGGGCGUGUCUGUGUCUGGCCUCCAGCCAGCUCAGUCCUAUUCCACCACUGUCACCACUGUCUGGGACACAAUGAGGGCUCCAUCUGCCUCUGUGACCUGCCACACUGAGAGCGCAGGGGUCAUCGCCGGGGCCAUUGUUGGUGUUCUUCUGUUCCUCAUCCUCAUGGGCCUGCUGACUUUUUUCCUGAGGAAGAAAUAUAAGGAGAGCCAGAAGAAGUCAGCACCCGGGGACCUGGUCUUCAGCUUCCCUGGGGACAUCCCAGCAGAUGACUUUGCUGACCAUGUCAGGAGGAAUGAGAAGGACAGCAACUGUGGCUUUGCGGAGGAGUACCAGCAUUUGGCCCUGGGGGCCCACAGCCAGUCUCAGAUGGUGGCCUCAGCUUCAGAAAACAGUGCCAAGAACCGGUACAGAAAUGUGCUGCCCUAUGACUGGUCCCAUGUGCCUCUGAAGUCCCUUCAUGGGGAGCCAGGGUCCAACUACAUCAACGCCAGCUUUGUGCCUGGUCUCUGGAGCCCCCAGGAGUUCAUUGCAGCCCAGGGUCCCCUGCCCCAGAUGGUGGGUGACUUCUGGCACCUGGUAUGGGAGCAGCAGAGCCAUAGCCUUGUCAUGCUGACCAACUGUGUGGAAUUGGGUCGGGUGAAGUGUGAGUAUUAUUGGCCUCUAGACGCCCAGCCCUGCACCCACAGGCACCUGCAGGUGACCCUGGAGGGUGAGCAGGUGAUGGAGGACUGGACCGUACGAGACCCGAAGCUCUGGCAUACACAUGAGCAGAGGAUUCUCCAUAUGCGUCAGUUCCACUCUGUGGCCUGGCCAGACUAUGGCAUGCCCCACUCCCCCGACCCCUUGCUGGCCUUCUGGAAGGUGCUCUCGAUUGUACACUGCAGUUCUGGCGUGGGCCGCACGGGCACCUUCAUUGCCCUGGAUGUCCUACUAUGGCAGCUGGAUAAUGAGGGUCUCAUGGGGCCCUUCAGCUACGUGAGGAAGAUGCGGGAAAGCCGGCCGAUGAUGGUGCAGACUGAGGCUCAGUACGUGUUCCUACACCAGUGCAUCCUGCGGUUUCUCCAGCAGUCGUCCCUAGCGCCAGCCGAGAAGGGGGCCACAUAUGAGAAUCUGCUCUUUGUGAAUGAGGCUGCCAUCCAGGCCCACCAGGGGAAGCUGAGCUUGGGGUGCUGA